CCGGUGAGCGGCGCUGCGCCCGCGGCGACUCGACCGACCGGCACCGUGUCGAGGCAUGCCCGGCGGGGGCGGGGUGAGGCGCGGUGACCAGGCGCCGGCUGCCCGGCCGCUCCGCUAAGGUUCCAGAUAAGCCCAGAGACCUGCCGUCCGGAUGGACCCGCCGGGCGAGGAGGGCGGCGCGCCUGCCGUCAGCCGGCAGAGCAGCGCUGGCGGCGAGCAGCGCAGCGCGGCCGCCACAAUCGCCGCCCUGCGCCGCGAGCUGGCGCAGCCGCCGCCAGAGCCGGCCACCAUCAUCCGGCUCAAGGCCAUGAACAAGCGCGUCGUCAUCAACGUGGGCGGCGUGCGCAAUGAGGUGCUCUGGUCUACGCUGGAGCGGCUGCCGCGUACCCGGCUCGGUAAGCUGAAGGCGUGCAACACGCACGAGGACAUUCUGGGCAUCUGCGACGAGUACUCACUGAUGGAGAAUGAGUUCUUCUUCGACCGGCACCCGCGCUCGUUCUGCAGCAUCCUCAACUUCUACCGGACGGGCAAGCUGCACCUGGUGGAGGAGAUGUGCGUGAUUGCCUUCAGCGAGGACCUCGAGUACUGGGGCAUCGACGAACUGUACCUCGAGUCGUGCUGCCAGCACAAGUACCACACCCGGCGCGAGUACGUCAACGAGGAGAUGAAAAAGGAGGCUGAUUCGCUCAAGACGGGGGAAACGGAGCAGUUCGGCUCCGGCAAAUGGGCCCAGUACCAGAAGUUCCUUUGGGACCUCAUGGAGAAGCCGACCACGUCGCUGGGCGCUCGGGUAAGUGGGCCCGCAGCCAGGCGCCGCUCAUGUUGCGCCAGGGCCUGCGGCCAGCCUCCGUGCUCGCUUGGGUGAGUGGGCGCACGUGGAAAGGUUGCACCGGUGAUGUAUUUCUGGAAUUUGGUGCUACGUGAAGCUUUAAUCGUGAUGGAAGCUUUUGGUGUCGGCUGCGUGCUAUCGUGCGGAAAACCAAACAUUUGUUUUAACUGUUUCACUACCGCUUAAAGCCUCUCGCUUGCUUAAGUCGUCAGGGUGCUGGUAUGUCGGGCAUUUAUUGAUGCAAAAAUGCACAUCACGGAUUCUUUAUUUGCCUUGCAUAAACCUCAUGUCUAUCAACACUAAUCAACACAUUGCAUUUCUCUUUACUUCAAGCACUGGAAACUCAGUUACAACUAGCACAAAUCACUAUUUCCACAUCUCUCGAAGCGGAGACGCGUCCGGUCUGUGGCUCUCCUUCGGUGUCGCAGUGGCCGCUGGCAGCGACGUCGCCUGCCUAACACGAGCCGCGCGACUCUCCCUCGGUGUCGUGGCGGCCGCCGGCAGCGACGUCGCCUGCCUAACACGGGCCGCGCAGUGUGCUCUGCCCUAGCUUUCGCAGGUGGCCGCCUUGAGAGCUGGCUAUGCUCCCUCCCGCACGCGCAGCCGGGCUGUUGUGUGGCUGGCCGGGGAUGGGCUGAGGCAAUGCACC